AUGGAUAAAUUGAGCAAGAAAUUAGAUAAAUUCUACACUCAAGUUCAUAAUCAAAAAAAAAUAAACAGAAGCCAUUCCAAGGAAUAUGAUGAUCUAUCAGAUACUUCCAUUGAUAUUUAAAUGUGUGUAUAACUUUGAUUAUUUUAGAAAUCACAAGAAAUAAGAAAAAAAUACAAUGACCAAUUUAAAAGAAGAUUGA